CCUCAUUUCUCAUCUUAUUCUCGUUUUAAUUUUUAUUUUGUUCUUUCCUUUUGUUUGUCUUCAUAUUUGUGUCACCCAUUAUCUCUAAUCUCUAACUCUCUGUCAUCUCUCUCUCUCUUGAGAUAAACAGACAGAGACAUUAUCACACAUCAUUAAACUCUUGAUGAUGUGAUGAUAUCCGCGGACAUAAAACUCAUCACUCGGUAUAUACAGAACCGCGUGGUGCCGCUGGAGUCGCGCGCCGCCGCAUUUCAUCGCACCGUGCGCUCGAGCUGCUUAAUUUUUUCCUCCCUCCUGUUCCACCUCCACGUGUUGCAUUGUGGGUGUUCUGCAGUCCUCCUCCGCCUGGUUUGGGAAGUUUCUGUUUUGGGGCGGGGAGCAGGGCACCUGGACCGAACCGAACCGAAUCCACAGGAAGCCAAAGCGCGAACAUUGGGACGAGUAUCAGGCAGAUCCGGUGGAGAAGUGCAGAAGGUAAGGGGGUGCCAUGCCGGCUGCUGCUCCCCUGCUGCUCCUCCACGCCAUCUGCUGGUGGCCCUUGGUGCUGUUCCUGAUGUUGCCACCCCUGCCUGUCUUUGCCCUCACCAAUCCACCGACUUUCACCUCCUUUCAAGGCUCUGAACUUAACCACCUCCUACUGGACUCCAGCUCUGGGUACGUCUACGUAGGUGCGGUUAAUGCUCUCUAUCACCUCUCCCCAGACCUCCAGCUAAUCUCAUGGGGCAAAACAGGUCCAACGCUGGACAGCCCCGAUUGUUUGCCCCCGAUUGAGCCUAAAGAUUGCAGCCAGGCUCGGCAAACCGACAACACCAAUCAGCUGCUGCUGCUGGAGAAACAGGAAGGGAUACAGGCACAGAGCCUGAUUGUAUGCGGCACCGUGCUGCAGGGCAUCUGCGAGAAGCGCAGCCUGGCCAACGUCUCCCAGGUCCUGUACCACACGGCCAACCCCGUAGACACACAGUACGUCGCCGCCAAUGACCCUCGUGUCUCCACCGUUGCUGUGCUCACUGAGCACAAGGGCACACGCCUCAUGCUUGUUGGACGAGGAUUCACCAGCAAAGGACCCGGCGGAAUUUCACCAAUCACAACUCGCCGCCUCGAGCAGUACCGUUCCUCUCCUGCGUUUUCACACGAGGAACUCGGUAAACUUGUAGUGGGCAGUUACUCUGAGUACAACAACCAGUUUGUGAAGGUACUUCACCACGGCACACAUAUCUAUUUCCUGUUCUCGCGCCGCGAUACUCUGAAAACGCGUGAUUACCACACGUACAUAUCACGCCUCUGCGACGGAGACCCCAGCUUUUACUCGUAUGUGGAGGUACCGCUGAGCUGCACAGGAGGCUACAACCUGGCACAGGCGGCCGCCAUGGGAACAUACCUCGGAAAAGCCUCUAUCUUUGUCGCCAUGGCGGAGGGACAGGCGUCCACACCUACGCCCACGGAGCGCUCAGCUUUGUGUUUGUACAGCAUGGAGGAGCUGGACAAGGCGCUGGAAAGGGCACAGUUUCUGUGUUACACGCAGGAAGGAAAAGAAGGUAAAGAGCAGGAGGCCUACAUCGCAUACGAGGUCUCCUCCAGGUGCCUCAAGCUUCCUCCGAAAUCCGUGGACGUGUGCGGAGGUGAGCACACCCCCAGCCCUAUCGCCAGUGCGGUGCCCCUCCAAGCCAUGCCCGCUAUCACCUGGGCAACUCAACUUUCUGCUGUCGCUGUAGCAACCGAAGCUAACCACACCAUUGCAUUUCUGGGGGACAAGAGUGGACAACUUCACAAGGUCUUUGUUCAUGUGAAUGGUUCAGGUUCUCAGUAUGACUUGGUGAAGAUGGACCCUAAGAGCCCCGUGAAAGCUGACCUCCUGCUGGACUCCACCUUACGCAGUGUUUACAUCAUGACUGAGAAGAAGGUAACCCGUUUGCCAGUGGCUCAGUGUGAGAAGUAUUCGGACUGUCGUUCCUGCCUCUCUGUUCGAGACCCCUACUGUGGCUGGUGCUCACUAGAGGGCAGGUGUACACGGAAGAUGGAGUGCACCCGUCAUUCCAAGCCUCACCACUGGCUGUGGAGUUACGGUCAUGAUCGGCAGUGUGUGUCCAUCCAGAGUCUAGACCCGGCCAUUCAGAGCCGGGAGGAGCAGACGCAGGUUUCUUUCACGGUGCUCCCAUUGCCAGCGCUGUCUACGGAUGAGUCUCUGUCUUGCGCUUUUGGAACUUUGCCCGCUGAACCUGCCAUUGUGGAGGGGAACCGAAUCACCUGUCAAUCACCGCCACCUAUUCUCCUCCCACCAACUCCACCAGGCAGCGAUCACAUGAGUAUCAGGCUGGCAUUGAUGUUUGGAAACGUGACCGUGUCUGAUGCUAAUAUCACUUUCUACGACUGCAGGGCUGUGGGAAGACUCAAUUCUACCUCGCCGUGCAUGGCGUGUGUGAGCAGCGAGUGGCCGUGUCACUGGUGCGCUCGGGACGAACUCUGCACUCACAACCACAGCUGCCCACAGCAGCACAUCAUUUACAACAGCAGAGAGAAGUUUGAGCCCCAUGGUGCAGACGCAUGCCCUUGUGUCUGGGCUUUCGAAAGUCCGGCUUUGAUUCCGGUCGGCGUUGACACGGAGCUGUUACUACAGGGCAAAAACCUGGACAUCUUUAAGGGCGAUGAGGAUUACGAGUGUGUGGUGGUAAUCGAGGGCCAGGAGAAGCUAUUACACGCCACCCUGGACCAGAGCAAAGAGACAGGCACACAUGUGUUCAAGUGCGCCACUCAUAAGUUUCAAUACACAGUAAAACAGAUGGAGUACCUGGCUCCAGUGUACCUACAGAGAGGCACUCGGCGCAUAGACUCAGCUCCACACCUCCGCUUGCAGCUGUAUAACUGCUCGAUGGGUCAAUCCGACUGCAGUCAGUGCCGUGCAGUACCGGAGCAGUACGGCUGUGUGUGGUGUGGUGGAGAAAGCCCACAGUGCGUGUUUCACGAGUCCUGCGACAGGAUUACAGAAGAAGAAUGUCCUCCACCUCUUAUUACCAAGGUAUGGCCACUGACCGGACCAUUAGAGGGAGGGAUCUUCCUCACUAUUGAGGGCUCCAACCUGGGUCAGCGUUACGAGGACAUUGAGGAUGGAGUCACGGUGGCUGGAGUCACCUGCAAGCCGCUGCGCAGCUCUUACCUUAUAUCAUCCCGGAUCAUUUGUGAGCUUCAGCCCUCCAUGCGUGCGACUGCCGGGCCUGUGGUGGUGACGGUGGGGAACUCAGAACCGGGUCACUCCCAGCAGACGUUCACCUACCAGAACCCCGAGCUGAUUCGCAUCGUGCCCAGUAAAGGCCCCAUGGCGGGAGGCACGAGCAUCACCGUGCACGGCGUUCAGAUGCUCACGGGGCAAAACACCGACCUGCGGGCGUUUGUAGGCUCCCAGCCUUGUAAAAUUCUGGGUGAAGUGAGCGACACACAGUUGGUCUGCCGCACCAGCCACUCGAACCAAACCUCAGAAGUACCCGUCCGAGUACAGUUUGGAACAGCAGAGAGGACCGUGGGUAAUAUCCUGUUUCACUAUCUGGAGGAUCCUGUGAUCACUGAUGCGACUCCUACCGAGAGCUUUCAUGGGGGUGGGCGUAAUAUACUGGUAACUGGCCAGAACCUGGAUGUGGUCCAGCAGCCGAUGAUGUCCAUUCGGUACGAAACCAUGGUGAGGAGACGGCGAUACAGUCACGUCUCGACUCGGAACAUUCCCCUCGACGGUGCCAUGGCCACGAAAAUGACCCCCUGUGUUAACGUCAGCUUGGAACAGAUGACUUGUCAGAGUCCCGAAGUGCCGAAGGACUCCCGUGUCGUGAGAGUUUGGUUCGAGAUGGACAACGUGCAUUUGGAUUUCCAGAGCAUCAAAGGCACACGAUUUACAUACCACCCAGACCCACAGUUAUACCCCCUGAACCGCGAGGACCCGACCUUACCUAUCCGCUUCAAACCCGGAGGAGUGCUCGCUGUGGAGGGAAAAGGUCUAACCCUGGCUAUGACGAAAGAUGAGGUGGUGGCUUCGCUCGGAGACAAGAUAUGUGAUGUGAAGACUCUGGAUGACACUCACCUGUACUGUGAACCUCCAGAGGAGCAACCACUCAGCUUAGACCAAGAAAACCUACCCAGGCUAAAGGUGCUAAUGGGGCGUUUGGUGUUUAAUCUGGGCACAGUGGAAUAUGAUAUGGGCACUCACACCCCCGUGCCCCUGGAGGCUCAGGUCGGAUUGGCAGCUGGAGCAGCUGUGGUGGUGCUCAUCGUCCUCGUCAUCAUCCUUAUGUACAGGAGAAAGAGUAAACAAGCCAUGCGAGACUACAAGAAGGUUCUGGUCCAGCUGGAAACUCUAGAGAUUAAUGUUGGAGACCAGUGCAGGAAAGAGUUCACAGAUCUCAUGACUGAGAUGAUGGAUCUAAGUAGCGACGUCGGUGGUCCAGGCAUACCGUUUCUGGACUACCGCACGUAUGCGGAGCGUAUUUUCUUUCCCGGGCAGAGAGGGGCGCCACUGAGCCAGAACCUGGACCUGCCAGAAUCACGUCGGCAGACGGUGGAGCAAGGCCUGGGCCAACUCAACAUCCUGCUCAGCAACAAACUCUUCCUCACUCGAUUCAUCCACACCCUGGAGGAGCAGCAGAACUUCUCCCAGCGGGAUCGCGGCUACGUGGCCUCCCUGCUCACCAUGGCGCUCCACGAUAAGCUGGAGUACUUCACUGACGUCAUGAAGACAUUGUUGGGGGAUCUGGUGCAGCAGUACGUGGCCAAAAAUCCCAAACUGAUGCUGCGCAGGACUGAGACAGUGGUGGAGAAAAUGCUCACUAACUGGAUGUCCAUCUGUCUCUAUUCAUUCCUGAAGGAGGUGGCAGGGGAGCCUCUUUACAUGCUGUACAGAGCGAUCAAGUACCAAGUGGACAAAGGCCCCGUGGACGCAGUGACGGGUAAAGCAAAGCGGACCCUUAAUGACAGCCAUCUACUCCGAGAGGAUAUAGACUACUGCUCCAUAACUCUGACAGUGCUGGUAAAGAGCGGAGUAGAAGUCCAACCCUGUCCUGUUAAGGUUCUGGAUAUUGACACAAUCACACAGGUGAAAGACAAGAUUCUGGACCAGAUCUACAAAGGAGCUCCCUUUUCGCAGAGGCCUUCAGCCGAUUCUCUGGACCUCGAGUGGCGAUCGGGGCAAGCAGGUCACCUGACCCUGUCCGAUGAUGAUGUCACAGGCAUAGUGCAAGGUCACUGGAAGCGACUGAAUACUUUGCAACAUUAUAAGGUGCCAGACGGAGCCACGGUGGCUCUCAUCCCUCGCUCAAGUGGAGGUGUCACGGGCAUUAAUCAGAUCUUCCAAACUGGAGAAAAGACACCCAUGUUAGAGGGGGAGGAAGAUGAGGGUCUCCGUCUGUGGCACCUGGUGAAGCCGAGCGAGGAUCCUGAAAUCCCAAAACACAGAAAGAGCAGCAUGAGAGAGCGAGAGCGUGCCAAAGCCAUCCCCGAGAUCUAUCUCACAAGGCUGCUCUCCAUGAAGGGAACUCUGCAGAAGUUUGUGGACGACGUGUUCGUAGCUAUCCUGAGCACCAAGCGGCCACCACCGAUUGCCGUCAGGUUUUUUUUCGACUUCUUGGAUGACAUGGCUGAGAAGCACGGCAUCGACGACCCAGAGACAGUACACAUAUGGAAAACAAACAGCUUACCUCUACGUUUCUGGGUGAACAUCCUGAAGAACCCUCCGUUUGUUUUUGACGUGCAAGUAACGGACAGCAUCGACGCCAUCUUGUCCGUCAUCGCUCAGACGUUUAUCGAUUCCUGCACCACCUCGGAGCACAAAGUGGGACGGGAUUCCCCUGUGAACAAGCUGCUGUAUGCUCGAGAAAUCCCUCGAUACAAGCAGCUAGUGGAGAGGUACUACAAUGACAUUCACAGUGCUGCAUCAGGAUGCUAUCAGGAGAUGAACUCCAUGCUCACUGAGUUAUCCGGGAGCUUUGCUUCAGAGAUGAACAGCCUGGUGGCUCUGCACGAGCUUUAUAAGUACAUCAACAAAUAUUAUGACCAGAUCAUCAUUGCUUUAGAGGAAGAUCACGCGAGCCAGAAAUUUCAACUAGCAUACCGGCUGCAGCAGGUCGCCGCCCUGGUGGAGAACAAAGUCACUGAUCUGUGAACCUAGAUGAGAGGAGUGGAAAGGAGUGUUUGACCAGCUAGGGAAAAAUUUCCAAGAGCCAGCUCAGCACUGUGUGUAAUCCAGUCGAGCUGAGAAACCCAGUCCCCCUCCUCAACACCACCUUCGCCUGCACCCCUACUUCCUGCUUCAGCCUUCAGGAAGGUCUUAAGGAAAGAGAAUGAGUACGGCUGAAGCGUCAGCUGACUGAAAGCGUGAGAUAACAAGAAAAAAAGCACACAUAGCCAUUUUUAUCUGCUAAGCACAUUGAACUCUUUUGUACUAACGUUUUCACAAUAUUCAGUGUCCGAUGCGUGAACGUAGACGUAUGACCGUGUGUAUGCUCAGCAUUUUUUGCUAUUUUUUUGCUUCGAGUCAGAAUCAGAAUGCCGACUCUGCGUAGCUUCGUGUAACGUACGAUUCCCGUGAUUGCUUGUGAGUUUUAAUUGCUUUUUUUUUUCUUUUUUUUUUUAACAUAUAUUUAUUAAUAUCAAUAUAAUUCAAUUUACAUUAUAAACCACAAGCACAAGUGCCAAGUCUAAGAGAGCAGGUUUUUAUUUUACAGCACAAGGUGUGUGUGUGUGUGUGUCAGAAAGCAGCUGUGUUUGUGUAGAUAUAUGAGAGGGUAUGUCAUGUAUUUUUCCUUUCUUUUAUUGGACGAUUUUAACCUACUACAUUUGGAGGAUGGGUCAGGAUGAUUGCACUGGAACGGGGAUCAGAUUAAAUAAAUAUCGUAUAGUUUUUAAUAUAUUAAACACAGGUAAUAAAACAGCAGCGUGAUACUCUCUAGGGACAAAAGUAUGUGGACACCUGAGCAUAAGAAUAAUCUCCACUCUUCUGGGAAGACGUUCCAUUUUGUGGAGAUUUGUGCUCAUUUAGGAAGGACUUACUUACGCAAUAGUAAAGUCAGGUACCCAUGUAGGUGAGGUGAGGAGGCUUGGGGUGCAGUCAGCCUGAAAGAUUCAUUCACAUUAAAUAGGGUUCAGGGCAGAGAUCUGUAGCAGGAGAUCUUCCACUCCAAACCCAUAUCUUUAUGGAGCUGGCUUUGUGCACAGGGGUAUUGUCAUGCCUGAGGAACAGGUUCGUGUCUCGUAGUUCAAGUGAAAGAGGGAAAUUCCAUCCUCCUGCAUCCAAAGACGUUUAAAACAUUUGUGUUUGGGGGAGGAACCGCACAUUUCUGGAAAAGUCGGGUGUCCCAAUACUUUUGGCCACACAUCGUCGUUAAGCACUUACAAAAUGAUUAAACAUACUGUAGAUGGAUCGUUUGAUUUAAAUGAUAAUCAUUUUGGAUAAAUGAUCUGAUCGUCUGUUUAUGCCUGAAAUUUUGCGUAUUGAACGUGGCUCAAAAAAAAAUUUCUAUAUGUUAGAAUUUGCUUCUGUCUUUCAAUAAAAAGAUCGAACUAAUUUCCCUGACUGAACGCUCAUACGGAACUUAGAUUUAAUGCGAAGAAACGAUUUUGUGGGAGGGGCAUCGAAGCGUUCGUAGACGAGUGGGCGGAGCCGCUAGACGCAGAUGGUGCGGAGUAGACACUGAAUAGAUUAAAAAAAAGAAAAAGAAAAAAAACUAACUUAUUUUUACUGUAAAUAGCACUUAUUUAUAAAAAAGAAGAGAGGAAAAAAAAGACCAAACGUGCCUUGUUUAUAACCUUUAAUAACGAUUACCGAUUCCAGUAUACAAGCUUGACGUUAUUUGCCAAAUAGAGAGGAGGAAAAGCGACGCAGGUUUAUCGAAAACAAAAGCGCCGAACUGGACGGGUUCCGAUAUUCGCACCACUUCCGGAUCAUUUCUGUUGUCGUCGUCGUGGAGAAAUGUGUUUGUCGUGUUUGGAAGAUUCUGUCUCAGGAUCACAGCUGCCCUUCUCGCUCAUGUCAGUAUUGCUAAAUGCUGUACUCCAGUGUACACUGUUCUGAAGUCUUCAACCUUCAGGCGUAAAAUUUUUCUUUACAUUUGUUUUUUUUUGUUGUUGUUUUUUUUGUAAAUAUAUAAACGAUA